AUGAAAUUACAUAUUAAAGAAAUCGCACUGGAGAAACUGAUCUGUGUUCCUGGAUCUCUAGCCGCCGUCCUUUCUGCAAUUGUGUUUGCCAAACUACGACACAGCUCUUUGGAGGUUCUUCUAUGCGGUCUUUCACUUUUCGAUGUUGUUCUUCUCACUUCUUCAAUUAUGAUCUAUCCAUCUAUGCAUCAAUGCUCAACGAUCCAUGAGCCAUCCGAGAGGCACAAAAGCUAUGUUUGCCAUUUCUUCUGGAAAGUCACAGUGUUCAUUUUCCCAUUAUCCCUAGUUGCUCAAGCUGGCUCAGUUUGGACAUACGUGGCGGUUACUGUAGAUCGGUUCAUCGCUGUUUCAUUCCCAAUAAAACGAAGAGUCUGGUCAACUCGUUCGAAUUCUUUGUCUGUUCUGGUCAUCAUCACAGUCGUAUGCACACUCUUCAAACUUCCAUCGUUUUUCGAAGUACGAUUGGAUGCGAACGGUGAAGUCGUGCCGACUGAAUUACGCAAAAACGAAUUCUACAUCGAAUUCUAUCUCUUCUAUCUGUAUGUGGCAUUUAUCCAACUGAUUCCAUGGGCUAUUAUCAUCAUCUUGAACGCAUUUAUCAUCCACAAAGUGAGAUUAGCCUAUCGGGCGCACGAAUUGAUGUGCCACAACAGUGGAAAGAGCUCAAAACGAGAAGAUGCGGAGAGGAAAGUAACCGUAAUGGCUACGGUAAUGACAAUGAUCUUUAUCAUUUGUAACAUCCCUCCCGGUGUCAACUACCUAGUUGAUAGGUACAGUAAGACAGAAGUCUAUCGCCAAAGAAUCCCAUUAUCUAAUGUGCUGGUUUGUGUUAACAGUGCCUCUAACAUGAUGAUAUACUGUCUAUUCAAUAUUCGUUUCCGUCGUGCUGCCAUGAAACUACUCGGAUGCCCUGGAAUCAUUUCCACGAGACAAGGAAGUGUAGUCACCAGGUUGACGAAUGAUGGAAAUGGAACGCUCCGAUCACGAGUCGCCACAUUUGAGAAUCUUCACAGCAGAAGUCCCGAAGGACCAACACCCUGCUAG